GUGUGUGCCAGAGUCACUCUCCCAUAACCUAGAGAGAUGGGGCAGUCUGUGCCGUGAGGACGGAGCUCGGAAGAAAGAAAACAAGAACAGGAAAACAAACGAGACAUAAGAGGACAUCUGGAAAAAGCAGAAGGCAGAAGACAGGAAGGGGAAAACAAACCCACAGCAGGUGGAAACAAGAUCUAGAGCAAACUGGUCUGGUCCACAGUUGUUUUUCUGGAAGAGAAGAAAGUACCGGAGGAUUGCCUGUUUUCUCUUCAGUUAAUGAAAACUCUUAUCUUCAUCAAAAAGAAAAGGCUAAGGGAAGGUAAAGACAAUCUUUGUUUUCUUAGGGGCAGAGCUGAGUGAAACCCAGACUAUCUUUGAAGCGUCUAAAAUAAGCCACUGCCUGGUACACAUUGCAGAACCAUCCUGGUCUCUGAAGAUCUACAUCCCCUUCAGGAAAAUUCCAGCCGGAGUAGCUGGUACAGUUCUAUUUUUAUAUUUAAAUAUCUAUGUCUCUUCCCCCGCCCCUUUUAACAAUCCUUUCUUGUUCGUAAGCCCGAGUGACAAGAAAGUAUCUAUAUGGAAUAGGAAUAUUUUCAGUUUUCUCUUUUUAUCUGACUGAGUCUUUUUUUAAGAGGGUAGGAGUGGUCCUUAUUUCAGAAAAGGGCGUUUCAAUUUGAAAGACAGUCUCUUAAAAUAUAUUUACACCCACACGUAUUUAGAAAGAGAGGUACCUUUCGGAGGUGGAAAUCCUAUGAGAAAGAUGGAAAAAGGAGCCAGGCACCGAAACAACACUGAAAAGAACCACCCAGGUGGGAGCGAGUCGGAGGCCAGCCCUGAGUCUGGUUCCGGAGGGGGCGGAGUAGCCCUGAAGAAAGAGAUUGGAUUGGUCAGUGCUUGUGGUAUCAUUGUAGGGAACAUCAUUGGCUCUGGAAUCUUCGUCUCGCCGAAAGGUGUGCUGGAGAACGCCGGCUCUGUGGGCCUCGCUCUCAUUGUCUGGAUUGUGACUGGUCUCAUCACAGCUGUGGGAGCCCUGUGCUACGCUGAGCUUGGGGUCACCAUCCCCAAAUCUGGAGGUGAUUACUCCUACGUCAAGGACAUCUUUGGAGGACUGGCUGGGUUCCUGAGGCUGUGGAUUGCGGUGCUGGUGAUCUACCCCACCAACCAGGCUGUUAUCGCCCUCACCUUCUCCAACUAUGUGCUGCAGCCGCUCUUCCCCACCUGCUUCCCCCCAGAGUCUGGCCUUCGACUCCUGGCUGCCAUCUGCUUAUUGCUCCUCACAUGGGUCAACUGUGCCAGUGUGCGGUGGGCCACCCGGGUUCAAGACAUUUUCACAGCUGGGAAGCUCCUGGCCCUGGCCCUGAUCAUCAUCAUGGGAGUUGUCCAGAUCUGCAAAGGAGAGUAUUUCUGGCUGGAACCAAAGAACGCAUUUGAGAAUUUCCAAGAACCCGACAUCGGCCUUAUCGCACUGGCUUUCCUUCAGGGCUCCUUUGCCUACGGAGGCUGGAACUUUCUUAAUUACGUGACUGAGGAACUUGUUGAUCCCUACAAGAACCUUCCCAGAGCCAUCUUCAUCUCCAUCCCACUGGUCACAUUUGUGUAUGUCUUUGCCAAUGUCGCUUAUGUCACUGCAAUGUCCCCCCAGGAGCUGCUGGCUUCAAACGCAGUCGCUGUGACAUUCGGAGAGAAGCUCCUAGGAGUCAUGGCCUGGAUCAUGCCCAUUUCCGUGGCCCUGUCCACAUUUGGAGGAGUUAAUGGGUCUCUCUUCACCUCUUCCCGGCUGUUCUUUGCUGGAGCCAGGGAAGGCCACCUUCCCAGCGUGUUGGCCAUGAUCCACGUGAAGCGCUGCACCCCAAUCCCAGCCUUGCUCUUCACAUGUAUCUCAACCCUGCUGAUGCUGGUCACCAGCGACAUGUACACACUCAUCAACUAUGUGGGCUUCAUCAACUACCUCUUCUAUGGAGUCACAAUUGCUGGACAAAUAGUUCUUCGCUGGAAGAAGCCUGAUAUCCCCCGCCCUAUCAAGAUCAACCUGCUGUUCCCCAUCAUCUACUUGCUGUUCUGGGCCUUCCUGCUGAUCUUUAGCCUGUGGUCGGAGCCCGUGGUGUGUGGCAUUGGCCUGGCCAUCAUGCUGACAGGAGUGCCCGUCUAUUUCCUUGGUGUUUACUGGCAACACAAGCCCAAGUGUUUCAAUAACUUCAUUGAGUCGCUAACCCUGGUGAGCCAGAAGAUGUGUGUGGUAGUGUACCCCAAGAUGGAAGCAGGCUUGGGGAAAGAGGAGAUAAAUGGGGACACAGAGGAGCAGCGGCAGCCCAUCUACCAACCCACUGCCUCCAAGGACAAGGACUCGGAGCAGCCCCAGCCCUGAGGACCACCAUCCAGCUGGCUCCUUCUUCCUACACCCUCUUUUUGCCCUCCUUCCCUGCCUGGGUCCCCCCAACACACACACACACACACGCACACGCACACACACACCUCUGCUUCUGUCAAGCAGGGGCAGGACCUGGGUGUGGGUGGUAAGAAACUAUAAACAAAGACACUGACAUUUGUACCCAAAGAACCAGCCUUUCACCACCAGGGCCGGUGU